UAAAUGUUAAAUAGCUAACAGGUUUAUGGAACAUAGUGAAUAUUUUGUAGCUGAAAGUUGGCGCUUUCUAGCUAAAACGGAAGCUGAACAUUGCAGUACUUUUAGCUAGGCUUCGGUUUUUAGUGCAUGGGGUUUUAAAAGGUAGCAAAUUACUCCUUAAACAUUUCAAAAGAAUGCUGGGUUUUCUUUGCUAACACGGUGCGAGUAAAAUUUGCUUUCUGUGCUCCUAACAACUGACUGCGUGCAAAGUUUUUAACAUGAUGACCAUAAAAACAAGCGCUGCAUGUUAAAAAACUCGAGCCGUUGGAGUUGGACCGGCCAUCAACAGAAACUAAUGGCGGUGAUAAUAUGGGCGUUAUGCAUCAUUCUCCUCGAUGCAUUGCUGUGUUCAGCACAGUGGGCUUGGUUGGUGCUGUGGAAGUGCUCCAGCUGUGGCGGACUGGCAGGAGUGUGGGCCUUUGGACUGAUAAAGUGGCUUUUCCUCCAUGUUUUUAUCUCAGCUCUAACAGAUGGGAAACAGCGGGCAAUACUACAUAGGUUAGCAGCGCUCCUCUGCCUUAUUUCUCCUGUGUUUGAAACUGGACGGGUCCUCACCGCACCUCCCUCGGAGCGGCCCACAGAACCUUCUCCUGAUCUCAGCAUGCUGUUGUUGGGUGCUGCGUCCUCAUCGUUGGCCUGUUUGGUGUGGGAAAAAUGGAUUUCUCCAGAUGGACAGAAGACAAAAGACAAUCUGGACACUAAACGUUUGCUCAUGAGAGUGCUGACGUACUUCAAACCAGACACUGUUUAUCUGGUCGCAGCUUUUGGCUUCCUCAUCAUGGGAGUCAUCUGUGAUACUUACAUCCCUUUAUAUCAGGGAAAAGUGAUUGACAUGCUCAGCGGUCAACAGCUUCAAAGUGGUUUUGGUUAUGCAAUCGGGCAUCUAGUACUUAUUUCUUCUGGAAGUGCGCUGUUCUCUGGGAUGAGAGGAGGCAUUUUUAUGGCUACGUUGGCCAGACUGAACAAGAGGCUGAAACAUCUGCUGUUUCACAACCUCCUGAAGCAAGAGGUGCACUUCUUUGAGGAGAACAACCCUGGACGACUGUCCUCUCGGCUGCACAGUGACGUUGACAGGAUGGGACGAACCGUGGCGCUGAACGCCAACGCAACAGUUCGCAGCACAGUCAAAACUUUCCUCAUGCUUAGAGUGAUGUUGGGCCUGUCCUGGGAGCUGACCGUGCUCACUUGCAUAGAGAUGCCGCUCCUGGCCACGUUGCAAAAUAAAUACAUCAAGCUGUCCAAGGACCUGAAAGAUCGGACCCAGGAAUGCCUCGCUCAGAACAAAGAUCUGGCUUCCCAGACGAUCAGCGGGAUCCGGACAGUCCGCAGCUUCAACGCAGAGAAAGAGGAGCUGAGGCGAUAUCAUGUGGCUCUAGAAGAGCUGUGUGCCAUCAAAAGACAGUCAGACAUAUACAGCGCCGUUUAUCUCCUAACACGAAGGCUGGUGUCUCUGGGUAUAAAGAUAUUUAUGCUGAUUCAAGCCCGAAGCCUCAUUUCUGCCGGUCAGCUCAGCAUCGGUAGUCUGGUGUCCUUUUUCUUGUACCAGAAGCCGAUGUCAGUCAAUCUACGGGAGAUCAUGUAUUGCUACGGAGAGACUAUGUCCACGGUGGGAGUCAUUUCCAAAGUGCUGAGUUACCUGGACAGGACACCAAAAAGCAAAAAGGAAGGAGACUUGGCUCCUAAGACGCUGGAUGGGAGAAUAGCUUUCCAAAAUAUCAGUUUCAGUUAUCCUUCUGCUCCUUCGGGUAAACCAGCUCUAAAGUCGGUGUCGUUGGAAAUCCGCCCAGGGAAGAUCACGGCUCUGGUGGGUCCCUCCGGUGGCGGAAAGAGUUCCUGCGUCAGCCUCCUGAAGAGGCUGUAUGAGCCUCAGGAGGGUCAGAUCCUGCUGGACGGGGAGCCGCUGCACCGCUACCAGAAAAAAUACUUCCAUCAGAAGGUCGCACUGGUUUCCCAGAAUCCUGUGCUGUUUUCUGGUUCUCUGAAGUACAACAUAGAGUAUGGUCUAGAGGAACGUCCUCUGGAGAAGAUGGAAGAAGUUGCAAAGAGGAUCAACAUACACAAGUUCAUCUCUGAAAUGGAGAAUGGCUAUGACUCUGAUAUUGGAGAGUGUGGAGGCAAACUGUCAGAAGGACAGAAGCAGAGCCUCGCCAUCAUCAGAGCUCUGGUUCGAGAUCCCCAGGUCGUCAUCCUGGACGAGGCCACGAGCAAACUGGAUGUAAAUGCAGAGAAGGCGGUUCUGAACGAGGUUCUGGCUCGCGGACGGACGGUUCUGAUCGUGGCUCAUCAGCUCAACAUUGUGGAGAGAGCGGAUCACAUCAUUUUCAUGGAGGACGGGUCGAUCCGGGAGGAGGGGACCCAUGAGGAACUCAUGAACAAAAAAGGAUGCUACUUCCGUCUGAAGGAGGAGCUGUUUUCUGAAGCUGCUGAAGAAAACUUGUAAAACAAAAAUUUAAAAAUGACUCACAAGCACUCUUCAUAUUGUAUUUUGCCAAAAAGCUUCUGUUAUAAAUAACGGGUAGGUUGAGGUUGUAUAUUUAAUAAACACAGAACAGUGACAUCAGGCUGUUUCGAUAUGAUUGUUUUUUAUGUUUAUUGUUUGAUGUGCUGCAUUAAAAUAAUUUGACAGAAAAGCUGAAAUGUUUGAUGUUUUCUUGUCUUUACCACCCAAGGCGAUGUUUACUGAUUUGUCAUCAGUGUAAAAUAAAUGAUGUGAAUAUGUACA